AUAUUCAAAGAUUCAAAAUAAUCGAUAUGAAGACACCUACAUGACCCAUCCUUUGAUAAAAAAGAUAUCUCCGCCCAAAUACCACUCUUGUCAGUGUCCGGAAAAAUGGCCGACAGUGAAAAGGAGGAAGCCCACAAUCUCGUUAUGUUUUAGCCUUGGAUGUUGAAGUCUGAUAUUUAUCGCUGGGAAAUAAUAUUAGACAGCUACUGGGGCAUCUCAACGGCGACACAUUGAAAUAAAAAUGAUACGUUAUCAGGAUUCGGGGAGAGAAAAAUAUAUUCUCGGGUUAUUAAUUCGAUAUGAUUAAUCUAUUUCUGGUCCUCAUAGUUCAGUGAGACAGUUGGACGUCCGUUCAAUGAAUUAUUGAUUUUUUUCGGCCUCUGGGACAAUAGGAUAUUGUUCAUAAUAAUGAUGAUGAUGCAAAUGGAGUUCGAGUGGGUGUUGCAUGAUGAAGUGCACUCCUCACUGUCACAGUUACGAGGAAUUCUGAUGGAAUGUGCACAAAGAUUUCCUCUGGCACUCUUCGGCAACGACCAACAAUGCAAAACUGAUAGAUUUGUUUUUGCGGCACCACACGACCAAGUCAAAUGUGUUGCAGUCCUUACUGGAGAUAGUAUUACAAAUGCAGAAGUUACCUUCAAAGUCCAGAAACAGCAGAAUGUUUCCGUGCGAACGAGUAUACAAAACGACCAUCCCUGGAAACUGCAACAGAUUCAGGACGCAGCUAAUCAUCUUCAACAGGCAAUCGCACACAUUGACAAUGUGGAUAAACAGUAUUCAUUCAAAACUUCCGACGAGGUUAUGCACAUCCUUGGGAAUAUACUCGGGUGCCUCCAGAGAAGCCGAACUAGUCUUAUUGUGCCUAAGAAAAAGGCGAUUGAUGAUUUAAUCAAGAGCCGAAAUAUGAAAUCGCUGAAUCCAAAUUUAGCUGAAAAUUUGGCAAUAAGUUUUUAUAUACAGAGUUACAAGCUUGUCCUAGCUGUCUAUCAGCUGGAGAGUACUCAUGGAAGCCUGAAGUAUGAAUCGCAACAGGCUGAGUGCAGUGUUCCCUGGUUAAAUGAUGCGCUUGUACUGCUUACGAUAUCACUUCAACUGUGUCAAAGGUUAAAGGAUAAGAUCUGCGUAUUUUCCCAGUACAAAGACUUCACUGUGGGGUCACGUGUGCCAUCAGCAAUGGGCUGAUAAAUCUUCACCAGAAGUAAAGGACGUAAUGAAAUUCUUAACCAUCAGUUAGUUGCCGUAAUUUUUUUUAAUAUAGAAAUUACGUUACCAGUCAAUCUCCUAGAGAGUACACCAGCCAUUAAGUUAGUGCCACCAAAUUCAGGUCGUAAUAAAUCAGGCGAAAUAUUUCCAUUCUUCCUGCUUUAGUCAAGGUACUUCCGCAAUAAUCAUAUGGGAGUAGAAGAAAAUGUGAUAGAGAGUGGAAAUUUUGAGAAUAUAUUCUUCAGAAAAGUGAAAAUAUGUCCCGAAAGUCUCAAGAUGACUUACCACAUCGAUUUUUGGAGGCGGCAACAUAAUUAUAUUGUCAUUUGCCACAGGACCUUGUGAGACACUUUUUAAUGGAUAAUGACGAGCACUAAAAAUACGGCAAAAAUCCAAAUAUUUGAUUUACCGCAUCGUACAGAUUUUUAAUAUACAUUCCUUCAAUUUUAUUGAUGGUGACAUGAAUCACACUGACAAAAUUAGUGAAUCAAAAAGAUAUUUAUUUGGAUAGUGUCAAAGAAAUACUUUUUCAAAAUCAGGCAAAAUUAUUUGUACUCUGAAAAAUUGAAAAAGUACAAGAGAAUAUUGUUAACAAUUUUGACAUGCAAUAUGACAAGAGUUCCAUAAUUAUUCGAUAUUUCCCGAUUUUUCUGCCAACAAAUGCAGGAAGACAAUCUUUCACGGUAAAAAAUCACGAGCGCAAAGUGUGAAUGAUUUUUAUGGAAAGCUUGAUAAGUUCGUAUAUUUGCAGAGAAUCUAAAGAGAAAUAUCAGAUUAAUUGUAAAGCUCGAAUCAUAUGCGGGGGAUUACUUUUUUCUUUCAAAUAUAAUAGUAUUAAUACUCACUAUAAUAGCCAUUCACUUCCCCGAAAUGAGGUCAAAUGCGUCGUUUUUAUUGUUCAAAAUUCCGAUAGGGGAAAUAAUCAAUUGAAUAUCACGUAAAUUGUACAAACUAACAUCGAAUGGUGCCCUUAUAUUGGCUUAAAUUUGCAUGUAAAAAUGAAUUCAAAGUACUUCCCCAUAGGUGAAUCAAUUACCUUCAUGAUGAAGUUUAUUUAUUUGUAUUUAUAAAAUUAACAAAAGUGAAAGAACGAAUAUUCACUCUAAAAAGAAAUUCGUAAAAAUGAGAAAAAUUGAUUGUAAUUAAUUAUCAACUUAAUCUUUUUUAAGAAUGUUGAUCAACAUAUUUUAAGCAAUUCAAGUGAUUUAUCCACCAAAUAUAAUUUGUUUGUUUUGUCUAGUUAUAAGUAAAUUUCGAUUUGUAACAAAAAUUUGAAGAUAUUGAUAAAGUUUAUUCUCCGGUGAAAGAACGAAUGAAAAAGAAUGGAAAUAUAUUUCGUGGUAUUUAAUUCAAAGUUCCUUGCUUAUUAAUGAAAAAAAUUGUGUUUCUAAUCACAGAAAAGGGAAGAGUCUUUAAAAAACACCUGACAAUAAUUGUAUUGGAGUUAGUAGAAGUUUUAAUGGAGUCGACAAACAAUUAUGCACUUGAUUGGUAUCGAAGUGUUUUUGGCACGUUAAUUAGACGCCUUGGAUGGGUUAUACAAUGACUUCUCCCAUCUGAAUUAACUAAUCAUUAGAAUUGGUCAGGAAAAGUGACUAUUACAAGCAAUUCGCUCUGUUGUUGUCCUAGAAUAAUUGAUAAUUAAUUCAACGGUGAUUAAUAUAUUGUUUUUGAAUAAAUAAAUGAGUUUGAGGAGCGAUUGUUGUAUAAUGGGUCUCAUGUAAUCGUUGCUUAAGCAUUUUUAUGCUUAAGGUUGUGUCAAUUUUAGGACGUUUGUGCUAAUAAAUUAAUUGUUUGUUCGAA